CACACACACACACACACACACACACACACACACACACACACACAUUAAAAACAAGACCAAUAUUGUUAUAGGCUGUUAUAUCUCUAUAAUAGAAUGUAUAUCUCUCUGAGAUUACAACAUGUUUUGUAAUAGCGGCUCACAGUGGGCAAUUGUUGUCUUUUUGCUUUUUAUAAACUACGCCAUCAAGUGCAACGCUAAUAGAACGCGUUAAGCCACACACACUAGCUCUCUCUCUCGCACACACACACACACACACACACACACACACACACACACACACACACACACACACACACACACACACACACACACACACACACACACACAUACACCCGCACCCGCGCACACAGACACACGCACACUACCUUCGCGUUUCAUCUAUUCCUUCUCCGAGACGACUGUAAGAUAUCCUAUGAGCCCAUCGUUCGGGACGUCUUUAAGGACGUUCACAUACAGACGAAGCAUUGAUACCACAUAUUAAGGACAUCUAGGCUAUGUGUAGCCUACAAUGCUGCAAAUCAAUGAGACCGAAGGAUCAGUUCUGUAAUUUAAAGAUAUACAAACAAUAACAGCACUAUACAUUACGACACCAUCAAGCGGUGUACAGUUUGCAGGAAUCUACCCGAAAUCGUUCAGCCCGUAGCUAUAUUAUAGGGAAAUCUUUAUGUUGUCCUAUUUUACCUUGUAGCGAAGAUUCUACGGGGAUUGACGCUGCAGACUUCGCGUGGGACGUUUCUAUUUGAUCUCUGCGGGUUAUUCUCCCCUCUGAAGACCACGGAUUACUUCUGUUCGCGGAUAAAUGGAUAUGGAAUAAUAAUAAUAAAACCCGUCGACGAGAUGACCAUGCUUUGAACCGCGGUGCUGCAUAAACUAUAACUUGUCUGGGGGGGUUGGCAGUUUCGCUUCGAAAUGGAUGAGUUUCAUCCGUUCAUCGAGGCCCUUCUGCCGCAUGUGCGUGCCUUCGCCUACACCUGGUUCAACCUGCAGGCGCGCAAACGCAAGUACUUCAAGAAGCACGAGAAAAGGAUGACUAAGGACGAAGAGCGGGCAGUGAAGGACGAGCUGCUGGGAGAGAAGCCCGAGGUCAAGCAGAAGUGGGCGUCGCGUCUGCUGGCCAAACUGCGCAAGGACAUCCGGCCCGAGUGCCGCGAGGACUUUGUGCUGUCCAUCACGGGGAAGAAGCCCCCCUGCUGCGUCCUCUCUAACCCAGACCAGAAGGGCAAGAUGAGGAGGAUCGACUGCCUGCGUCAGGCCGACAAGGUAUGGAGGCUGGACCUGGUCAUGGUCAUCCUGUUCAAGGGCAUCCCGCUGGAGAGCACGGACGGAGAGCGCCUGGUCAAGGCUGGGCCGUGCAACAACCCCAUCCUCUGUGUCCAGCCACACCACAUCAGUGUCUCGGUCAAGGAGCUGGACCUCUACCUGGCCUACUUCGUACAGGAGAGAGAGUCAGAGCAGAGCAGUAGCCCACGCACAGGUAUUGGGUCAGAUCAGGAGGAUAGCCGAGCUGCCACCAUGGAUGCUCCUGAGUUUCAGGAAAGCUUUGUGACAUCAGGAGUUUUUAAUGUAGCAGAGCUGGUGCAAGUGUCCAGAACUCCGGUGGUGACCGGGGCAGGCCCUAACUUCUCCCUGGGGGAGCUGCAGGGGCACCUGGCCUACGACCUCAACCCCUCAGGGGUGGGCAUGAGGAGGACCCUGCCUAGUACCUCCUCCAGUGGGAGUAAGAGGCACAAGUCGGGCUCCAUGGAGGAUGAUGUGGACACCAGUCCUGGAGGGGAGUACUACACCUCUCCCAACUCCCCGGCUAGCAGCUCCCGCAACUGGCAGGAAGACCUGGAAGGAGGCAUGUCCCCUGGAGUAAAGAAGACAGAGAUGGACAGCCCGUCUCCUCAGGAGAGCUCCCCACGUCUCGGCUUCACACAGCACCACCGGCCCGUCAUCGCAGUGCACAGUGGGAUCUCUCGGAGUCCGCACCCUUCCUCGUCUUUGCAUUUCCCCACCACCUCCAUCCUGCCCCAGUCCACCUCCUACUUCCCCCACACCGCCAUCCGCUACCCGCCACACCUCAGCUCCCAAGACCCGCUGAAGGACCUGGUCUCCCUGGCCUGUGACCCGUCCAACCAGCAGCCCAGCCCAGUGAGUCCAGCCCAUCUAACAACUCUAACUAGGGCCCCGAGUUUGUCCUGGUCAGGUCAUUUGCUGAAUGGCAGUGGUCAAGUGAAGUUGCCUAGUCACUACAUCUCCUCCCAGAUGCUGGCGCCCCCUCCGCCCCCCGGCAUGCCCCGUCUGACGCUGCCCUCCGACUCCAAGUCCAGCACCACCACCUCGGAUGGGGGAGCCAACUCCCCCACGUCACCCAGUAAGUGGGCCGUUGCAUACUCAGCUCCAGGGACGCCCCCUGCCAACCGCCCCUUUGUAGGGAUUGGACCUCGAGACCCUGGCGGACUCUACCAGGCACAGUCCUGGUACCUGGGGAACUAAACAACACAAGGAUAAGUGAAAAGGGCAAGGACACGUGGAUUUGAGAUUCAACACUUUUUGUGGAAUUAAGAAAAAGAAAAAAAGAGAUGCAAGAGGGAAAAUGUAUAUAUAUGCAGUAUAUAUACAGUAUGUAUAUAUAUAUAAAUAUAUGUGUGCAUAUAUAUUUAUAUAUGUAUAUCAACAUAAAAUGUGCUUCACAACACCUUUUUGGAAAAUAAAGACAGAGGGGGAGAGAGCAAGUCCAAGGAGAGAAAGAAGAUAGAAAGAGAAGUGGAUGUUUGGGCAGCCAAAAUGAACUGUGGGGCAGAGACAUGACCCCAGUACCCCCAUACCCCCCCCCCCCCGCUACAGGUGCUGCUUCUUCAUAUAUGCAAAAUAAGUAUCCUUUAUUUUCUUAAUCAACAAGAAAGAGAAGAAUUCAGUUCCUGUGAUCAGACUUUUCCACACUUCUUCUGGGACGGUAAUUCUUUUUGAAAGUAGGGAGGGGAGGCUGGUUGCACAUGGUCAAUAACCUCCCUUUACCUGCAGAAACAAAAGUCUACUUUUCAUCAAAUUUGAUAGACAAUCGUGUAGUUACUUCAUUUAAAGGGGGGGGUUCAAGAUUUCCUUUAACACAGUCCAUUUUUUGAUCUUUUUUUUAAUAAACACUGAGCUACAGUGGCUUGCGAAAGUAUUCACCCCCCUUGGCAUUUUUCCUAUUUUGUCGCCUUCCAACCUGGAAUUAAAAUGGAUUUUGGGGAGGUUUGUAUCAUUUAAUUUACACAACAUGGCUACCUACCCCUUUGAAGAUGCUAAAUAUUUUUUAUUGUGAACACACAAGAAAUAAGACAAAAAAACUGAAAACUUGAGCGUGCAUAACUAUUCAACCCCCCAAAGUCAAUACUUUGUAGAGCCACCGUUUGCAGUAAUUACAGCUGCAAGCCGCUUGGGGUAUGUCUCUAUAAGUUUGGCACAUCUAGCCACUGGGAUUUUUGCCCAUUCUUCAAGGCAAAACUGAUCCAGCUCCUUCAUAUUGGAUGGGUUCCACUGGUAUACAGCAAUCUUUAAGUCAUACCACAGAUUUUCAACUGGAUUGAGGUCUGGGCUUUGACUAGGCCAUUCCAAUACAUUUAAAUGUUUCCCCUUAAACCCCUCAAGUGUUGCUUUAGCAGUAUGAUUAGGGUCAUUGUGCUGCUGGAAGGUGAACCUCCGUCCCAGUCUCAAAUUGCUGGAAGACUGAAACAGGUUUCCCCCAAGAAUAUCCCUGUAUUUAGCGUCAUCCAUCAUUCCUUCAAUUCUGACCAUUUUCCCAGUCCCUGCAGAUGAAAAACAUCCCCACAGCAUGAUGCUGCCACCACCAUGCUUCACUGUGGGGAUGCUGUUCUCGGGGUGAUGAGAGGUGUUGGGUUUGUGCCAGACAUAGUGUUUUUUUUAUGGCCAAAAAGCUCAAUUUUAGUCUCAUCUGUCCAGAGUAUCUUCUUCCAUAUGUUUGGGGAGUCUCCCACAUGCCUUUUGGUGAACACCAAACAUGUUUGCUUAUUUUUUUUAAAACUUUAAGCAAGGUUUUUUUUUUCAGGCCACUCUUCCGUAAAGCCCAGCUCUGUGGAGUGUAUGGCUUAACGUGGUCCUGUGGACAGAUACUCUAAUCUCCGCUGUGGAGCUUUGCAGCUCCUUCAGGGUCAUCUUUGGUCUCUUUGUUGCCUCUCUGAUUAAUGACCUCCUUGCCUGGUCUGUGAAUUUUGGGGUGCGGCCCUCUCUUGACAGGUUUGUUGAGGUGCCAUAUUCUUUCCAUGUUUUAAAUAAUGGAUUUAAUGGUGCUCCGUGGGAUGUUGAAAGUUUGGGAUAUGUUUUUAUAACCCAACCCUGAUCUGUACUUCUCCACAACUUUUUCCCUGACCUGUUUGGAGAGCUCCUUGGUCUUCAUAGUGCUGCUUGCUUGGUGGUGCCCCUUGUUUCAUAGCAAAGGGGUUGAAUACACAUGCACGCACCUCUUUUCAGUUUUUUGUUUUUUUCAUUUCACUUCACCAAUUUGGACUAUUUUGUGUAUGUCCAUUACAUGAAAUCCAAAUAAAAAUCCAUCCAAAUUACAGGUUGUAAUGCAACAAAAUAGGAAAAACGCCAAGGGGGAUGAAUACUUUUGCAAUGCACUGUAAGUAUCUUUUAUGAGGCACGGAUCAGAAGGAUCAGGUUUUGGAGCAGUACAGAGCAUCGCGAAAGGACAGGUAUUGUAACACGUGUUUGUAAGUCUUCACAAUAACUGAGACACCCUUUUGUGCCUGUCAACUGUUGUGUAUUUGUGUUGACAUUUGUUUGUGUGUGCAUACAACUCAGACAUAAUGAAACCCCCUCUCCCCUAUCCUUGCCCCACUCUUGAGAUAAUAUUGCAUAAAGUUUGGAUUAAUGUGACAAAGGAGAACAAAAAUAGUUUUGUCACUAUUGAGAAAGUAUUGGGUGUAGAGGGGAGAUGUUUUCUUUAUUUUCUUGUGUAUUCCGUUUAAAUUGCGUUGGACAUUACAGGCAUUGCACUACUAUAAUUAAUGCAUUUUUUCUUUUUUAGCAGCUAUCUUAAAAUGUUGCAAGUCAAAGGUAGUUUUAGGAUUAUGUUGUAGAAACUACUAUGUUGUCUUCUUUAGGUAGCAGGGUACAUGAGCUAUGAGUGUUUUCUGUCUUGAGCUAUUGAUUAGAACAAUCCAACCCUACUGUGGUUCAGAUAUUCUAUGCUCUAGUGGAAGGUUCCUUGUGUAUGUCGAGGUACAGGGAAUCCUGACGGGUUUAUGGCAUCACACCGUUUUGGAUCUCUCUCUACAUUCUGUGUAUCUACGUCACAUCUUUAUUCUUUUACUCAUGCUGUUUUUAUAUAAUCGAAAAACAAAAUGAAUUCAUGAUUGUCUUUUGUACAGCAGAUCACAGACUUUAGAUGAGUCGAUGAGAUCAUUAGAAGCGUGGCUGUAAAGGUAACCAUUGAUAGUGCCACCAUUGGCCCAAGACCUAAUGGUUUCUAUGCCAAUGGCACUGCAUGUUUCCAUGUGUGCACAUGGCAGAAUUCUGGCUCAUUGAGAAGGAGCAACUGACUGGCCAGCAGUGUCCAUUACCAGUCUAUUUAGUAAGACCUAUCUUUAGAGGUUUUGUCCCUGGGUCUCAUUUGCUGAUGCAAUGCAAAGUUUGUGACAACAGACAUUGUUGCAGCAUGUUUUUGGAUGAAUGCAGAAUUCAUCUUUAUAAAUAGAAAACAACAUCAGGGCUUGAGACUCCUCAAUCAAACCCAAAUCAUAUAUACAGCCACGAAAAGUGCCUAAGACGUAGCACGAGUUCUUUUCUCCUUUCUUUUGUAUUUUAGUUUUUGCUUGUAUGAAGUACUGCAAGCCUCAAUGACUUCUAGGCAGGCAACAGAAGUGGUGGGAGAGAGAGGUGUGACGCACAGAGGGGGAGAAGGCAUGGAGAGCUCACAGCCCAAACCCGUCUCCAGCCAAAUGCACCUUUCUGAGCACAUUGAUGGUUAGCUGGGGACAAGCCAAGAAAAGACACAACAUAAAACCCUGCUAUCAGCAAUGACAUCAUGAAACCAACAUAUCAAAGCACUAUAUAUAUAUAUAUAUAUAGAGAGAGAGAGAGAGAGAGAGAGAGAGAGAGAGAGAGAGAGAGAGAGAGAGAGAAACUGUUUGUAUAGUUCAGAUAUGGCUCAUUUAAAACAGAAACACUUCUAAGGAAUAAUGUCAUACAUACUGGUUUCAAAAAGCUCACCUUUAAAUACGGCUUUGCAAUGGUGUUCCAAUUCACAUCUGUUAUCUAUAUACAGAAUACCUACAAUGACUUGUUUUAAAGGUGCUGAUAUGAAAUGACACUGAUAUAUAUUCAUGCAUGGUGCUUUCAAAAGAAAAUCAUCAGAUUCUAGCUCUAUUGACCACCAUAAUGCUGACAUGGGUGCAUGGCAGAAACUCUUACUACCCUUCUGAAGCUUACCCUCCCCCACAAGCCCCUCCCCCAUAAGCCCCUCCCCCCACGCCCUUCCCCCACAAGCCCCUCCCCCCAAGCCCCUCCUCCCUCUAAUCUAUGGAACAGAGAGUAAAUAAUACUGAUGGGUUCUUACCUUUUUACCUAUUCGUUUGGAUUUUUUAUUCCCUAUUGUUAACUUCUAUUUUGCACGAUAUUUUAUAUAACACAUUAUGUGCCUUGCCUUUAGUUAAGAACAAUAAUACAUGAUAAAAAUAAUGUAAAUUCAUUUCUCUUUUUAGUAUAACCGGUAACGCUGCAAAAAAAGACAAAAAACAUUGCUGCAUGUUUGAUUGCUUGUCAUUAUCCAGUUUAGAUGAAUACAAUAGAAUUAAAAUAGUGACAGAUUGGAUUGUCUUUUCAUCCUUUUCCCUUUUGUGGGUAUUAUAGACUAGUAUUAUAGACUAGUAUUAUAGACUAGUAUUAUAGACUAGUAUUAUAGACUAGUAUUAUAGACUAGUAUUAUAGACUAGUAUUAUAGACUAGUAUUUGUCUUUCCAUCACAUGGAACCCUUGCUGCAUUUGAAUCUUGUUCAUUUCUUUGUUUUAUUAACUCUUGUGGCUUUCCCCUCUCAUUAUGUCUUCCAGCUUGGUGUAAUACAGUAUGUGAAAUAUGCAAUUCUCGUUUCCUCUGCUCAGCAUUUGCUGAAGAUGUAUUUUGCCCCCUUUUUAAAGCUCUUCUUCAAUGAUAAAGAAUGUGUGGCAAGAAUGAGUGAAAAUGUGCAAUUACUCCAAUUCAAGGAGGGGCAACUUUUCUCCAUGCAAACACAGCUGAUUAAACCAAUUGUAUUUUAAUCUGAAGAUCAUGAUUAGUUGAUUAUUGGAGUCAGAGGACUGGAGUUGCUCAUCCCAGCUCCAAUUCAAGAUGUUGAUUUUUGCCUAUUUGAUUUGGUUGAUUGACUCUGCAACUGGAGGUCAGGGCUAGAGAGGGUAGAGAGCUGUGAAGGUUGUGUUGUAGGUGACCAGUGAUCAGGCUCCUAGCAUGGAAUAGAGAUUUAAAGCACUGAGCUGGGCUCACAUUUCCUCCAGCACCAUGGCUACUUCUGCCCCUGCAGACAUUAUUUUUGGCACCAGAUGACCAGAGCUGAAUAUGGGGUACAUUUGUUCCCCCUAUUCUCUUACAUUACAUCCUAUGAAUCCCCUAUACGCAGAAAGGCAAAUCCAAGCACUUUAAUAUCUGCUCAAACGGGAACAUCACAAAAUAAUUAAUCUCUAUACAUAUAUUAAGCCAAGGGAAAUUACUAAUUUGGAAUUGUUUAAGGAUAAAGCUGAAGUUUCAGAGACAAAUUCUUUACAUGGAAUGCUAACUGUGUUAUUACGUAAUGUGUCAAUGGUGAGCAGUGCACAGUGCUUCACAUCUCUUUUUGUGUUUGUGUUUGUGUUUGUGUGUGUGUGUGUGUGUGUGUGUGUGUGUGUGUGUGUGUGUGUGUGUGUGUGUGUGUGUGUGUGUGUGUGUGUGUGUGUGUGUGUGUGUGCGUGUGCGUGUCCGUGUAAAUGUUUGUGUGUGUGUGUGUGUUUGGCUAGGUAGCCUCACCUACCAUAGUACUUUGUCGGUUCUCAGAUUGCAUAUACAUAAAUCACCUGAUAGCAAAGAGAGAGAGAGAGAGACUAUUUGGUGUGUUCAAAAAUGCUAAUUUAGGAAGACUGAAAAUCAAAGGAGAGCAAAAAAAGGGUUAUUAAUGCACUACUCGAUAGGAUUGUCUGAGGGGAGUAGAAACAAACUAGUGCUGUGAGAUGCAAUAAUGACAUGAAAAAUUCCCCUCCCCAAGUGUAUACCUUGAUCAGUAAUGUGUGACUUAGAUGAACGUUGCAUCUCACUGCAUUUCCAUGGGGUUAGGGGUCAAAUGAUUUCACUGCGAAUAUGCACACUACCUGGAUUGGUUUGAAAUGAAAUGAUCAAAAUCAGUCAAAUAAAGUUUCAUAACACUGGCUACAAUCGAAUGUUAAGCUUUAUGUACCACGUGUAGAUUAUUAUUUAGAUGGUGAGUAAGUGCGUAGUUUCAUUUUGAGGUCCUCCACAUUUAGGUCCAUUGUGUGGAAUCUACAAAUCCACUUCAUGUUGUUUUGAAUAUUAGCCCUGUACUUCAGAAGUAUCAACUGACCUAGUCAGAAUCACCGUAUAGAGAAGGAAAACAACACAAAAUCUCUUCAUAGCUGACUUGCUGAUUUAAAAAUAUAUAUGUUUUACUGAAAGAUGCCAAGAUGCCUCUUUAGUUGUUGUUGUUUUUUAAAUUAGAGGGUCGAUGAUCAUUGAUCAUUUCUUACUACGUAGAGUAAUGGGGAGUGUAUUGAACAAGAGAGGAUAUUGUGUAUUUUUUCAGCAGGGUCAGAAAAUUGAGAAUGAAAGAAAAAUGUCAGAACAAGAGGUAUUGUUUACAUGCCCGUCUUAAGAUCUUGGUGAUGACGGUUUAUGUGUCCCGGUCCACAGUCCCAGGUUGAAGUGGAGUGCUGUAGCAAAGGCAUUCCAUCAAAUCCAUACGAUCCUCAAGCUCAACAAAAUGCUGCGAUCAUUCAGCAAGCAAUUUGAUAUUUGUUAAACAGGUCAUGUGUUGAGGCAAGAGUCUGCUCCUGAUCAAAGAAACGCCCGCAUUAUGGGUUGUGUGUGUUCAUUCAUUGUGUUCAUUCAUCCAAAAAGGGAAAGACCAACUGAUGUGUUAACCAUACACAACACAGUACAGUCAAUGAUCUAUAUGGAGCCCUAGACCCAUAAUCAAGUCACAAUAUUCUCCUUCUAGUUUUCAGCACAAAGUCCAAUUUACUGCUGUAGUAUCGGAGGGCUCCAACGUGCUAAUGUUUGAUAGCUCUGAAGAAUUCUGAAGCUUACUGUAUGUCGACUUAUUAGGCAUUUCAAAAUACUACAUUUCUACGUUUUCAAUACAAUUAGUGGAAAUAGAUCAAUUAUCCUCGGUAAAGUUCCCCUCUGGUUCUAACUGUACAGUAGCAGCAGACGCUGGAGCCUCAGGACAUUUCCUGUGAAGAUUUGCACUGCUCCACACUCACCUCUCCAGUUCAGUUUACCCUCCAGCCUGGGUCUGACUGGGACACAUAGGGACAGGGGGAUGACGCCACCAUAGUCUAGCCAGCACAGUGGUUCUACAAUAGGUGUUCAGCACACAGGCUUCUUAUUUCAUUUGCUUUUUGUAAACUAAACACAGCUAUACAGUAUAUUGUUAUGACACCGACAGAGACUUUUGUUUCUAGAGCAGGGUGCUACCCCCCAACACUUUUUAAAGUGACCACAGGUGAUGGUUGAACUUACUCUGAAAGGCAUUAAUAUGCACUCAAUACUGACACAUUUAAAAUAUGAUCUUGUUGUAUUUCAAAACCCUUACUAAUGUUUUUGUAGUAAUUAUUGUGAUUAUUGUAGGAUUGUUACAUUUUGGACUCAUUAUCCUAUGUAUAAAUGCUUACAGUAUAUCAAUGAGGAUGAAAAAGACAAAAUGUAUAUAAAAAACGUUUUUUCUGUAUUGUAUAAGAAAGUACAUGUUUAUGUUGUGUGUUUAAAUUUAGCUGUCUUAAGUUGUGGCCAAGCCACAAAAUAUAAUAAUGACUUCUUAAGGAUCUGCAAUGGUUGGUGUGAGCUCACCACCGAUUGCUGCAUGCCUUUUUAAAGAAGGUACCUGUAAUUUGAUUUUAUCAAUCCUGAAACCUGGAUAGUAAUUUCAGCAUCACUUGUUGUCAUUUUAAACAGAGACAAAACCUCCAGUAAGCCUCAAGGGGAUAUGCAAAUUCCAUUGCCAUUUCUUUUUGCUUUCCCCCCCCCCACACAAUUCAUCUAACAGUUCUGCAUUUCUGUUUUCGAACUGUUGUCGUGCUUCAAAGAACUCACACACUUUCCUUCUAUUUGGACGAUUGCACUAGAUAAACUGGUAUUGACUAUUUUGUUUAAGGAAACUUUUAAAGAUGUACUUCUCUGGAAAUCUUUCUGAAGCUCAACCUUUGAUGUAUAGGAAUGCUGAUUGUGUGAGAGAGUCAGAGCGAGAAAGUGAGAAAACAGCUGCUUGUAACAAGCUAAGAACAUUAUUCCCCGGUGUAUUGCCCCUUUCGUCGUUUAUAGUUUGAGAACUCACUGAGUGCAUCACUUCAAAGUCCACCCAGGUGGUACAUUUUUGGUUUGUGGGAUUCAGCCUUGAAAAGUUAUUGGUUCAGUCCUAGACAAUCAACGUCAGGGCUGGCAGUCGUAAUAGUUUUGCCGUAGUCCAUACAAGGUGUGGUCAGUGUGUUUGUGUGUGUUUCUGGUCAGGAACGGUGUGCAGAUGAAGCAAAGUCCUCUGGUGGUGCAGGUGUGAGGCCCAACACUGCUCUGAGUGCCUUUCUUCUCGCAGUGAGGCGUUGUUGUGAAUGUUACUCUAGUUUUACUCAAGGAUGCACUGCUCUGCUCCACCCAGAGACUUGCUAUUGAUUGAUGUGAGGCUGAGGGAGGUGUGUGUGGUAGCUCAUGCUGCAGCUGCAACAGGUAUGGGUCCAGAAUGACAAGAGAAGUCUUUACACAUGGUGCACCACAACCUUGAAGAUUAGAAUAUGGAAAAAGUUCAUUUACUAUAUUGGCCUUUGAAUUUCCUUCACAUUUUUUUAACUGAUGUAAUUUAUCGUUAUGCAAUUGGUACAGUAUAUAGAUUAGAAUGAUGUAGUUUAUUGUGUUCCGAGCCAGAACACACCAUUUCCCCUAUGCAAUUAAGGGCUGGUAUACCCUGUCAGGGUAAACACCUGGGAAUCUGAUACCUAUUAAUAUGAAUUCACAAGUUCGUAGUUACUCUUAGCAACAAUCACUAUCCAGACAGACUCUUAAGAUGAUUUAUUUACCUAAAAUUAGAAUUGGCACUGGAUUAAAAUGGUCCCGUUCGAGUUUCAAGAUGAUUUCUUCAGAGAGAUGAAAUACUUAGCAGCACGCCAGUCAAAAGUGUAGAAUGACCAGACUUGUAUGUUUGUGAGAGUUUUAGGGGAUCAGUAGAUGGUGAGCCAAACCAUGAUCAGUUAGAUAAAGGUAGUGGUUUUACUUUUAUUGUAUUUUGUUUUUCCUAUUCCCCUCAAUGAUCAGUUAGUGGUGUUUUUUUAUGCAAACUGAGGUAAAAUCUCAAACGAGAAGGUGAGCAGGAAACACUCUCCAUAAUCCUCUUGUUACUGUAUGAAGAGACAUCAGGCACAGGCCACAACUCUCAGAGAGGUGUCACAAUAUAGUUUUUUUUUAUGGUGAAAUGUGCUUCUGUUCACACAGUGUAUAAAGCUAACUGUUAUGUUUGGUCUCUAUAUUUUACUUUCAACAAACCAGCAGGUAAAGCAACACUUACAUGUGAAUACUGAAUACCAAAAAUGAUUUCAACAAGCAGUGCCUGUCAUUUUACUGCUAAUUAUUUUUCAUUUAUUUUCUGCCAUUGCCCUUCUCAAGUUCUGAUGUGCAUAGUGUUUGUACUCUAAGCUGCUGGAGGUCAUUCUGACGUUGUGUGGGACUGUGUUUAGUGCCUGAGCCCCACUCUCACAUUGGCUUCUGCUCAUAGCUUUCCACACAAACUGUCCCAAUGAGGUCCUACUGUACUCUGCUACAAGGUGAAGGGCACCCACUGGCCAAUGGCAAUGGCCUUUUGCUAUGGAUGUGAAAAGCCAUAAAAACCAAGUGCAGUUAUGGAGAUCUGUUCAUGUUAUUGAUGAUCCAUAUCACAGACUUACUGACAUGUCAAAACAAAGAAGCCCCACCCACAAUAGAGGAAAGAACAAGGCGACAUUUUAAUGAGGGCUCUUUCUACACAAAUCAAAUAUCUCACUUGGUCUUCAACUGCUUAAUGCCGCGACCGUGUGCUAGUCAGAACUACAAAAGCUCGGAAAUGUCUAAAUUGCUAACUUGGUUGAAUGCGGCACGUGUAUAACUACAACCAGUUAGCAAAUCGGAUAUUUCAGAGCUUCCUAGUUCAGACUAGCACGUGAAUGCUGCAUAAGUCCACUUGGUGCCCCAACCUUUUCUUGACAAUUGGUUUAUUUUCAUAUUUUUCUGGGCCUGUACUGUAUGUUGAUUCAUUCUUUAAGCAUGCUGUUUUUCUCAGUGUGAUGAAGUUGGUUGGCUGGAGGAGGGAAGAGAUCAAGAUGUUUCUCAGAGAGCAUUGUAAUGCAGUGUUAAAUUUUGAGAUUUUUUUUCCUUCUCAUUAUUCUUUACAAAUAUUACCAUAGUAGUUAUUCAUUAAUCACUUGCUUGCUGCACAGACAUACACACUGCACACCAGGAAAGAGCAUGUGGACAUUUAGUUCUGACACAUCUGGUGGAAUAGAGCAGAGAACAGAUUCAUAGCACACACGGGUCACUUUCAACUGCUUGUGAUUUUAUUUUCCUUUUUGAAAACUUUAGUACAAAAGGAUCAGCAAAGGUCGGUAAUAACUUGUCUGUUAAUUAUUUGAAACGACUCUCAUAUAGGAAAACUAAAUUUGCCAUGUGUUUUUGAACUGGUGUGGGGGAAAUGUACAGCUUUACCAAUAUUUCAUUAUAACAUUGUAUUCAGCCAUCGCUGUUAGCAAAUGCUCAUAAAUACAUUACAGGAAGUGAGUGUGUUUCCCUAUGCAAAAAAAGUAUACAAAAUAAUAAACAAGCUAUGCUACAACUCA